AUGAUUUCCUCGUUUGCGCGUUCUAGCGGCGCAGGCAGAAGCACAGUUCGCUCUAGCCUUCUGCGUCGUCAGCUUCCGCGUCUACCCGCGGCCUACCAGCGUAAUAACUGCUUUGCAACCAUCGCCACACUCGAAAAAUCAUAUCCGAUCGGCAGCCAGAUCCACGGCUUCACGGUGACGGAGACAAAGUCGGUUCCGGAGUUUGAGCUGCUGGCCGUGCAUCUGAAGCACGACGCCACGGGCGCGGAGCAUCUCCAUCUCGCGCGGAAUGACGAUAAUAACGUGUUUUCGAUCGCGUUCAAGACGAAUCCGCCGGAUGCGACCGGCGUGCCGCAUAUUCUUGAACAUACUACGCUUUGUGGAUCGGAGAAGUACCAAGUGCGCGAUCCGUUCUUUAAGAUGCUGAAUCGCAGUCUGGCGAACUUUAUGAACGCAAUGACAGCAAGUGACUACACCUUCUAUCCCUUUGCGACCACGAACCAGGUCGACUUCGCCAACCUUCGAGAUGUGUACUUGGACGCCACGCUACAUCCUCUGCUCCGACCGCUAGAUUUCACGCAGGAGGGAUGGCGCCUCGAGCAUGCUGACCCACGGAACCCAGAGACGCCGCUACAGUUCAAAGGCGUUGUCUAUAACGAGAUGAAGGGGCAGAUGUCGGACACGUCGUACCUUUACUACAUUCGGUUCCAAGAGAGCAUUUACCCGUCUCUAAACAACAGUGGCGGUGACCCGGCCAAGAUCACGGAUCUGACGUACGAGCAACUGCGCGACUUCCAUGCAAAGAACUAUCAUCCCUCCAACGCAAAACUGUUUACGUACGGCAACUUCCCGCUCGAGGAUCAUCUGUCGCACAUCGACGGCGUGUUUUCGUCGUUCACGAGACGCGUGCCUGAUGAUCAAGUCAAGUACCCGAUCGCGCUCAACGAGAACGUGCAGGUGGUCGAGGAAGGACCGGUGGAUCCGCUGAGUGAUCCCGAGCGACAGUACAAGACCUCGCUGACCUGGUUUAUGGGACCGACGAAGGAUGCGUACGAGACGCUAUGUCUGAAGACUGUGACCUCGCUACUGAUAGACGGACACUCAUCACCUCUAUACCAGGCCUUGAUUGAGUCUGACCUUGGAACCGAGUACUCGCCCAACACCGGACUCGACUCUGCCUCGCCUGUGAACAUUUUCUCGGUGGGCGCGCAGGGCGUGACCAAGGAGAAUGUCGAAAAGGUGCAGCAGACGAUCCGGGAGGUGAUCCAGAAGACAUAUGAAGACGGUCUCGAUCUGAAGCGCGUGGAGGCGUUUUUGCAGCAGGCGGAGCUGUCGCGCAAGCACACGGUGGCCAACUUUGGCAUGCAGCUGCUGUACGGGUUGACGGCGGGGUGGUUUAACGGCGUGAGUCCGGUGGAUAUGCUAGAGUGGGACUCAAUUAUCGAGCGGUUCCGCGAGGAUUUGCAAAAGCCGCGGUUUUUGGAGUCGUACCUCGAGCGGUUCUUGCUGGACGACAAGCCAGUGUUUUCGUUCACGAUGGUGCCGUCCGAGAGCUAUGGCGAGAAGCUGGCGAAGGACGAGGAAGAGCGGCUGGCGCAGCGGGUGGCGCGGCUGGGAGAGACGGAGAAGAAGGAGGUGUACGAGCUCGGGCUUGAGUUGCUUGAGAAGCAAGAGGAGGCCGAGGACCUGUCGUCGCUGCCGACGUUGUAUGUCAAGGAUAUUCCACGCGAGAUCAAGCGCGCGGAGCUGGAGUUUGACAAGGUCGGCGGCGGCGAGGGCGUCAGUGUGCAGUGGCGGGUAGCGCCGACGAACGGACUGACCUAUGUGCGGGCGCGCAUCUCGCUGCAAGACCUGCCGCAGGAGCUGCUACCCUAUCUCCCGCUGUUUUCCGAGGCGCUGACGAACCUGGGCACGAGCACGCGGACGAUGGCCUCGCUCGAGGACGAGAUCAAGUUGAAGACGGGCGGGAUCGGCGCGGGCGUGCAAGUGCGCGCGGAGCCGGACGAUAUCGAUAGCUGGUCGGUGAGUCUGGCGGUGAGCGGCUACAGCGUGGACAAGAACGUGGGCGAGCUGCUGCGGCUGAUGAGCGUGCUCUUGCUCGAGACCAACUUUGAGAACCACGAGAAGCUGCGGACGUUGAUCCGCGGGCUCGCGUCGGGCUCUGCGGACGCGAUCGCGAGCAACGGACACGCUUACGCGCGGAACGCGGCGGCGGCCGUGCUCACGCCGGCGUCGUACUUGGACGAGAAGCUGGGCGGGAUCGAGCAGGUGCGUCUGAUGAACGAGCUGGACGGGUACGCGGACGACGCGCUGCCGCUGAUCAGCGCGAAGCUGCGCGAGAUUGCACGGCUGGCGAUCAGUGGCCGGAGCGAUGGGCUGAGGAUCGCGAUUACGUGCGGAGCGGACGCGGUGCAGGCGAACGCGGCCGAGGCGGCGAAGUUUGUGAGCGGGUUGCCUGGUGCGGGAGAGCAGCAGACGGUUAGAACGACGAGCGGCAAGUCUGCGAACGCGCUGGAUGGGUUUGUGGUGCGGAGUGGGAACGGGGUUGUGCGCAAGUUCUACGAGAUGCCGUUCCAGGUGACAUACGCGGGCGCGUGUGUGCGCGGAGUUCCCUACACGCACGAGGACAGCGCCGCGCUGCAGAUUCUGGCAAACAUGCUGACGCACAAGCACCUGCACAGCGAGAUCCGCGAGAAGGGCGGCGCGUACGGCGGCGGCGCGUCGUAUAACGGAGUCGGGGGCGUGUUUGGCUACUACUCGUACCGGGACCCGAACCCGGCGAACACGCUGCGGGUGACGGAGGAGGCCGGGCGGUGGGCGGUCGAGAAGCAGUGGAGCGAGCGGGAUCUGGAGGAGGCCAAGCUGAGUGUGUUUCAAGGCGUGGACGCGCCGCAGAGCGUGGACAGCGAAGGCAUGGCGCUGUUCAACCACGGGAUCACGGACGAUAUGAGGCAGGCUAGGCGGGAGAAGCUGCUGGGGGUGGGAGCGGGCGAGGUGCGCGACGCGGCGGAGCGGUACCUUGUGGGCGGGCACGAGAGACGGAGUGUGGCGUUGCUGGGAGCGAGCCAGGACUGGGUUUCGCAGCAGGGCGGGUGGGAGGUCGUGAGUGCCAGUGCUGCAGCGGCGGGCGCAGGUGCUGCCGCUAGUGCAGGGGAAACUGGGGCGUCUGAGGCGGUCGCCAUGUAA